CCCUAGUCGGAAGUUGCAGAGCACGAGAAACCAAAGCUGAAAAACCCUAACAAUCUAGAGGCAAGAAAAAAUGGGGGGCAAAUGUCCGCACAGACACGUGAAGAAAAGAAGAUAUUCUCACAAGACUGCUCGCCGUACCAAAUUCCUCUACAAAGGGGAUGACAUGGUUUAUGCGCAGCUAAAUCAGCUUGAUGAAGAUAAGAGCACCUUACCUGUAGAUGAAGAUUUGCCUGGGAUGGGCCAGUACUAUUGCCUUCACUGCGAUCGAUACUUUUCCAAUGUAGCUGUGAGGGAUGAGCAUUUUAAGACCAAACGACACAAGAAGCGGUAUGAUGGCUUUGCUUUUGCUGAUAUUCUCCCUGCUCCCACCCCCUUUAUUUUCUAUCCUUCCCAACUUUUUCUGCAUUUGCAUAUUGGUGAAUAUUG